AGUGUAUCUGUAUAUAAAUUUAUACAAAAAUUUUCCUAUUCAACGUCAAAAAAGUGUCGGGAGUGCGGAAUUUUAACUGUGAAUUGAGUAAUAAUUUGUAAUCUAAAUAUAUGACUAAGCAGUGCUGUUCGGCUCUUAUCCCACCCACCAACGCAGUUACAGAAGAGGAAAUGAAUAAUAAAAACAUUGUAAAAUAAUGACAAUAUCAAUGAAAGAACAAGAUCAGAUGCCUGGGGAGAUUACUUUCCCUGAGGCCAAAUUAAAAGCACUUGAGGAAAAAAUAUCACAUCCCAGAUGGGUGGUACCAGUGUUACCGGAGCAGGAAUUGGAGGUGCUUCUUAUUGCUGCAACCGAAUUGGUGGCGAGGGGUGAAGAUGAAAACAACGUGGCUUGUCAACGGUUCUACAAUGAUGCGCUCACAGUCUCGUUUACCAAGAUCCUGACCGACGAUGCUGUGUCCUCCUGGAAAAACAACAUCCAGCAAUGUGUGCGAUCCAAUUGCGAGAAGUUGGUCAAACUGUGUGCGAUGAAAUUAAAUGAUCCUAGAUUCCUGCAUUUGUUGUCUAUGGCCUUUAAUCCCAACAACAAAUUUCAUACUUUUAAUGCAUCGCGUACCUGUGAGGGAUUGUCAGCAACCACCAAUUUACCCACUGCUGGCCAAGGUUCCACACAGGAGCCGGAAGUAUUUAGUAGAUCGCAAGACCAUAGAACUCCCAGAGGAUGGCUGGUUCAUCUUAUAAAUGUAUUUGGUCACGCUGGCGGUUUUGUUAAACUGCGUGAACGAUUUGAAGAAAUAAUGGGUUUUCAAAAAUUGGAAAUCACAGCAUCUGUUAACUCGGAAGAAAAAGUUUCGACAGAGAGUACUGAAAAAGAUAAUGAAACUAACCACAGUGUUCCUAAUUGUCUUAUGAUCGCAGAAAAUAGUGAGAUCUCUUCCGGCGUGAACAGCGAGCAGCCCUCGUCGCUGGAACCAACCACCAGCGGCGAGACUCGCGUCGCCGCCGUGUGGCAACUGCUGCGCCCUCUCGGUCUUUGUCACGACCUGUUAACUCCACACACAGUCACCACAUAUCUAUUGCCUGUUCUGGAAUGUAUCCCUACUCUACUGGACAGCUUAACAGACGAAGAGUUGAAGAAAGAAGCGCGUGGAAGCGAGAAUAAGACUGACACGGUAUCUUGUUUAAUAAGAGCUUGCAAAUGCGUCUCAAUAAAGACCCCACAUCACCAUAGUUUGCUUAAAUCUCUGGAAAUGUUUCGCCUGAAAAUGAUACUUCGUUUGCUACAAAUGUCGUCAUUCAAUGGUAAAAUGUCGGCCCUCAAUGAAAUCAAUCAAUUAAUCAGUACCAUGUCCCAGCAGCCAAAGCCGGAGUGGUUGACGCCUGCGGUUAUUACAACCUGGAUACGAGAAAACAAGGUAGUUGAUAUUGUGUUGCGGGACUCCCUCCACCAGCCACAGUACGUCGACCGCCUGGAGAAGAUGCUUAGGUUUAUGAUAAAAGAGAACUCGUUGACCAGGGAGGACUUAGAUGCCAUAUGGAAAGCGCAGCACGGAAAGCAUGAAGCAAUUGUGAAAAAUUUACACGACUUACUCGCAAAACUUGCUUGGGAUUUCACACCGGAUCAACUUGAUCAUCUUUUUGACUGUUUUAAGGCGAGUUGGGCGACGUCUAGUAAGAAGCAGAGUGACAAACUAUUGGAAGUAAUUCGACGAUUAGCUGAGGACGAUAAAGAUGGUGUUAUGGCAAACAAGGUGCUGGUACUAUUUUGGAAUUUGGCACAUUCUGACGAAGUAUGCACUGAAAUAAUGGAUGUGGCCUUGGCAAAUCUAAUAAAAAUCCUGGAUUAUAGUUGUAGUCAAGACCGUGACGCUCAGAAAACGCUUUGGUUAGACAAAUGCGUGGAGGAAUUAAAAAGUAACGAAAGAUGGGUACUGCCGGCUCUGAAGAUGAUGCGCGAGAUCUGCUGCUUGUACGAGGCGGGCGCGGGCAGCGGCGUGCGGCCGCACGUGACGCGGCAGGAGCUCAUCGACCGGCUGCAGACGCAGCACUCGCUCGUCAUCCUCGUCACCGAUUCGCUCACCAACUACAUGGACGGAGUGCGGGCUAAGCUUGCCGGAGAAGGGGAAAUUGACUGGGAUAACUGGUUGCCUGAUGGCAGAUAUGCCCAUGCGGCGCAAGUUCAGGAAAGGCUGAGUUUUUUGCGGUUCCUGCUCAAAGACGGACAGUUGUGGCUUUGCGCGGAGCAGGCUAAGCAAAUAUGGUCGUGCCUGGCGGAGCGGCCGGCACACCUAGGGGACCGCGAAGCCUGCUUUCGUUGGUUCAGCAAGCUGAUGGGCGAGGAACCCGAUCUAGAUCCUAAUAUCAAUUUGCAUUUUUUUCGUCGGAAUAUCAUGACUUUAUCUCCAAAUUUAUUAACACAUGCUGGCAUUAAGUGUUUCGAAAGAUUCUUCAAAGCAGUAAAUUCAAAAGAAGGAAAGCUCCGAGUGAAACGACGGAGUUUCCUGCUUAACGAUGCUGAUCUCAUAGGGUUAGAUUAUUUGUGGAGGGUGAUAACGGAGUGCGACGACGAGAUCUCAGCGCGCGGGAUCGAGCUGCUCCGCGAGGUGUGCACGUGCGUGAGCGGCGCGGUGGCGCCCGCCACGCACCACGAGGCCUUCCUCACGCAGUGCUGCGCGCGCACGCAGCGCCUUCAAACGGAUAUCAACGUCUACGAAGAUGCGACUGAAAGUUGUACUAGAAUGUGUAGAGUCAUUCGUGCCAUACAGGAAUAUAUAAAUGAAUGUGAUAGAAGGUUUUCAGCAGAAAGGCAAAUAUUACCGAUGUACAGAUCGGGUAGGGGCCGACAAUGCACUAUUAUAGUCAGAUUUAAUUUUCAAACUGGCCAAAGACAACUCGAUGAUAUCGAGCUAUUUUCACACUUUAACGAGGCUUUAUACUCGUUGCGAGCGGCAAUCCAAAGAAGGUUAAAAUGUGCUUCAGACACUAAUACAAAAUUAGAAUUGUUUGUAAAUAAGGUAGAACUAUAUUUAAAUGGAGAACUCUUAGAUUCGACCCACGAUCGUAAAAUUCUUUCUCAAAUUCCGGUCCGGGACAAAACUGUGAUCGUCGCCAAAGUGUAUGACGGGCACCUGCCCACAUGCGGCAGCGAGUCAAGCAGCGACUCCAGCACGUCGUCGCCGCCCGCGCCGCCCACGCCUGAGCACGCCUUGCCCGGAGUGCUUUUCGCGCAAGGUACUUGGUAUAUACCAUUCAUAUUGGAACUGGAACAUGUUGGCGUUAUGAAAAAACAUCCCCAAUUAAUGGAAGCUGCUCAUCUACUCUCCCAAAUUUGUCCGGCACACAAACUUACGAUGGAUAAACUGACAGAGGCUUUACUCAGUCGCGAGGAUGGCAAGUUAAGGGACUUGCUAUACGGGCCUGCGCCGCCCACAGUCGCGUACAACGUUGAGGUGCUGUACAGUAUGGUGAUGCCGUCGUCGGACACCAAACUAGAUCGCAGUCGGAGUUUCCAACUGGCCUGUGUUAAAAAGGCGCCGUUAUUAAUUCAGUGUUUGGCUGACAAAGACUUUCUACAAGGAGCUUCGUCUCACACAAGAAGGGUGGGCUAUCUAUCUUUAGUCAGAUUGGCUAAACUAGUCUUAUACACAUUGGGCCACCUCUUCGAAAUAUUGGCUCCGGAUGGCUCAGAUACGUCAGUUGACAAAGACUUCAGAAUGGACGUAACGAUUUUACGCGAAGCACUUCAAACAGUGCCCAGUCACAACUGCGAAUUGAUAGUGAAAGCGAUUGCCGAGAAACUGGCCAACACUCUAGGCGAGCAGGUGGUGAAUAGUACAGAAGACAGCGACGUAGUGUCUUCGUUAGUGUGGUGGUGCGUACCCACGACAGCCACAGUGCGCGCUCUCUACGGGCUGGCCUUUUCCGUCGCGCAGCCCGCCGACGCCAACAGCGCUGUUCAUCCCGACGACGUCACAUUGGUACGAGAAUGUAUGGAGGUAGUCACAAUAUGCCUGGCUCUUGGCGGAGGAAGGCUGGAAGCUUUAUUGAACGAGUCAUGGUGGCAAGACACGGCGUUGUACUUGAUGAUCGACUGUCCGAAUCCUCAGGUGCGCGUGUCGUGCGCGGAGCAGUUGUUAUCAAUGUGCGCGUGGGGCGGCGGCGGCGGCGCGCGCGCCGCGCUGGAGGCGCUCGGUGGCGUGGUGGGCGAGCCGGGCGGCUCGCGCCUGCAGCGCCACGCGCGUCACGCCCAACAGUUCCUGCAGCUGCUGUGCAGGCUCGUCUCGCUCGCCGGACCCACUUCCAGGACGCUCGAAGACCUCGCUAUUGAAGUGGCGUGGUUGAGAUCAGUGCGAGCGAAUCCAGAAAUACUCGAUGAUACGCUGCUGGAGGGACACCUGAAUUUAACCAAAGAAUUAUUUACACACGUUCCGGCACAAGUCAAGUACCAAUACGGAGCGCAUCCUGAACACAAGGAUAGAGGUCUAAUUAGGGAAGUGACAACAGAAUUCCUGUGGCCGUACUCAUGGGCGUGGUGCCGCAUGGGGGACGGCGAUAGCUCGGGCGAGCCGGCGCCGCCGCUGUGUCGCUCGCCCGGCGCCGCCGCCUCCACCGAGCCGGCGCCGCCGCUGUGCCGCUCGCCAGGCGCCGCCACCUUCACCGAGCCGGCGCCGCCGCUGUGCCGCUCGCCCGGCGCCGCCGCCGCCGCCGCCGAGCUAUUGCUCGCACUGGUGCACGGCUGCGUUCCCAACAUGGCCGAGCUCGCGCAUCUACUCGACCUCAUGUUUUAUUGUGACAAAAACGUGCCGCUGGUGGAGUGGGAGUAUAUGCCGUGCGUGGGACCGCGGCCGGCGGCGGGGCUGGCGGGGCUCAAGAACGCCGGCGCCACCUGCUACAUGAACUCUGUGCUGCAGCAGCUCUACUGCGUGCGGGACGUGCGCGACGCGAUACUCACCGUCCAAGGAGCAGCAACUGAUCCUAACGAAGAUUUCUCUGGGGAGAAUCAACACUCUAUUGUAGAGAAAGUGGAGACUACUGGCGACUACAACGUCACAAUCUUGAAACAAGUCCAAGCUAUAUUCGCACAUUUGCAUUUCAGUAAACUGCAAUAUUAUGUGCCAAGAGGGUUGUGGGCUCAUUUUAGACUUCAAGGCGAGCCAGUAAAUCUCCGAGAACAACAAGAUGCUGUAGAGUUUUUCAUGUCCCUUGUGGAAUCAUUAGAUGAAGCUUUGAAAUCAUUGGGACAAGAACAACUGAUGGCCAAAACAUUAGGCGGUACUUACUCAGAUCAAAAAAUCUGUAAAGGAUGCCCACACAGGUACUGCAAAGAAGAACCUUUCAGUGUAGUGUCUUUAGACAUAAGAAAUAUGUCACGGCUUCAGGAAUCUUUAGAAGCAUAUGUGCGAGGCGAACUUUUAGAAGGCGCUGAUGCUUACCACUGUGAUAAGUGUAAUAAGAAGGUUGUAACAGUAAAAAGGUUAUGUUUAAAUAAAUUACCCCCAGUUCUAGUCAUACAACUUAAAAGAUUCGAAUACGACUUCGAAAAAGUUUGCGCGAUCAAAUUCAACGAUUACUUUGAAUUUCCGAGAGAGUUGGAUGUUGAGCCGUAUACAGCUCGAGGUCUAGCACGCGCGGAGGGCGACGCCUCGCUCUGGGAGGGAGGCGAAGAACGGUCACCCGAGACUCACUAUCAGCUGAGCGGCAUUGUAGUGCACUCGGGACAAGCUUCCGGGGGCCACUAUUAUUCAUAUGUGCUCUUAAGAGAUAACGGCAGUGAAACAGGACGGUGGGUGAAACUAGACGACGGUGACGUGACCGAGUGCGCGAUGCACGACGACGAAGAGAUGAAGGCGCAGUGCUUCGGCGGGGAGUACACGGGCGAGAUAUUUGAUCCGAUGUUAAAGAGGGUCUCUUAUAAACGCCAAAAGAGAUGGUGGAAUGCAUACAUACUAUUCUACACGAGGAAAGAUACCAUUGAAAAUACUAGUCUUGUACAAUCAAUGAGAAAUAUGAAUUUCAAGGAAAGUGCAAUUCCUCGACCUAUCUGGCUGUCAGUCCGUCGCAGCAAUAUUGCUUUUUCUCACAAUCAAGAUCAAUUUAGUUUGGAGCAUUUCAACUUUAUGAAAAAGCUGUGCUUCUUGAGGUUACAAGUCCCGCCUGGCACGACAAAUGCUAUUUGGGGCCCAGAACACGAAGAGAUGUCGAUGCUUACAGUACAGCUAGCAACCAAAUUCUUGUUCCAAGUUGGGUUUCACACAAAGAAGACUCUUCGAGGGCCUGCGUCAGAUUGGCACGACAUAUUAUGUCAGCACCUUCGAUGUUCCCAAGUGGUCAGGUCGUGGUUUGCGACAGAUCUCUUCAAGCAUCCGCACAGAUUAUGCGACUACUUACUGUCUUGUCCAUCUGCUGAAGUACGAGUAGUUUUCAUGAAAAUAAUUGUCCUCUUGGCUCACUUCUCAAUCCAAGACCCACCGGUAAACAGCGGCUACGGGUCUUGGGCGUCGCGCGACGAGGUGACGUCGCUCUCGGACCAGGUGCUGACGGCGGCGCGCGCGCUGGCUGCGCCGCACCACGCCGACUCGCAGGCGCACCGCCACCUGCCCCUGCUCUUCAAUCUGUUCCACGCCUACUCCGUGCUCGGCAACAACGAGCGCCAUCAGCUUUUACGGUUACGAAUACUGGAUAUUGUUUUGUCCGUAUGCAUGGACGAUUCAUCAUCGUCGCUGGGAAAAUACCAAUAUCCGGAAUCUGCCAAGAUACACCAGCUGGUGUCACUGCUGGUGCGGUGUUGCGACGUGAGCGCGCGCUGCCAGUCGGCAAACGUGGCGGAGGGCGCGCCCCCGCUGCCGAACCCCUUCUGUGACCCGCCGCCCACCGUCACCGCCGCCUCCAACGUGCAUAGGCCACUCCUUUCCGCGCCCGCUGCUGACAUACUGUAUAACAGAACUGGGACUUACAUGAAGAAAUUGACAGAAGAGUGUUGCGUGUGCGAGGAGAGCAUACGACUGGUGCAGUUCCUGUGCUGGGAGCACGCGGGCUGGUCGCGCAUGGCGCUGGCUGAGCUGUUGUGGCAGAUGGCGUACGCGUACUGCCACGAACUGCGCCGCCACUCGGAUGCGCUCACCGCGCUGCUGCUCAUGGAGGACAGCUGGCAGCACCACCGCAUACACAAUGUUAUCAAGGGCGUUUCUGAAGAGCGCCCUGGGCUGCUGGAGACGGCUUCGCGCGCGCGGGGGCAUUACCAGAAGCGCGCCUACGCGUGCGUGAAGCUGGUGGUGGGCGUGAUGUGCCGCGCGCCCAGCGCCGUGCGAGCCGUCCAUGCACAGCCGGAGGCGCGUCGGCGCUGGCGGCAGCUGCUCGCCUGGCUGCAGGAUGAACUAGACCGCAAAUAUGGACCUGGAGGAUACGGGUCGUAUGGCACGUGGUCACCGCCGGGUACAUCCAAUGAAACAUCCAGUGGAUAUUUCCUAGAAAGAAGCAAUUCGGCUCGGAAAACGCUCGAAAAAGCUUACCAACUGUACCCUGAGGAUGAAGACGAAGAAGAGGAGUCUCGAGAGAACGUGGAGGGCGAGGUAGAGGUGGUAGCGGGCACGGAGAGCGGCGACGAAGAACCCGCGGUCGACGUGGAAGCGGGGUCGCCGUCCGCGCCCGUGCCCUCUGCGGCGCCCGCGUCGCCCGUGUCGCCCAUCUCGCCCUGGUCCCCGACCGCGCUCGACGCGUCCGACACGCCGGCCGCCACGGUGUCGCCGCUCACGCCGGCCGGCCCGUCCGACCGCGACCCACACGCGGCUAUUUGAGCUCCGCCCUCGCUGCUGCGCGGUUCGGAGUCACCGUCGCCGCUGCCGCCGCCGCCGCCGCCGCCGCCGCCGCCGCUGCCUCCGCGGAAGCCGUUCUUGAAUCACCGACCGCCUCCUCCGGUCCCCCGACGAACGGCUUCGCCCGUCCGCGAACUACAAGUAUUUAUUUUGCUUCUACAGAUUUUGUACAUAGCCGCGGGGACGGCUCGACCUACGCGUCCGUAGUGGUCUCGGACCCCAGGAUAAUAUGCUUAGCCGUAGCUUCGUUCUGUGAUGUUAACGAUAUGUGUAAAGUUCGUUCAAAAGGGCAUUUAUAAUUAAGUAUUAAAACAAAUAUUGUUUCUCGCCCUGAAAUGUACAGAAGGUGUCACCCAGACGACCAGUCGAGUUGUUCACUAAGUGAUCAUCGCCGUUUACGCAUUGAGCAUUGUCGUCAUCGAAGUGACACUUUAAUUUUUGUUAUUUAACGUCGCGCUUAUAAAGUACCAUAGUAUUUAUUACUCUCUAAUUAAGGUUAUAUUAAUUCAUAUUUUUUGCUUUCAUAGUGACCUACGUAUAUUAUAUUAUUAUCUUAAUUUAAUGUAAAGUUGAAUACGUUCACUGUCUAGAUUUAAAUGGGAAAUUGUCUACAGUGGAUUCGGGGGUGAGUGUGUUUACUGAUAUUAGGUACCGAGUUAUGGUAUAAAUCUUACACCUUAAUAUGAAUUAGGAACUUGUAUUUUUAUGGUUCCAAAUUCUCUCAUUUAUAAUUUUACCGAAUUAAUGUUUGACCCACAAAAUAUUUUCUGUAACUGCUAAAAUAUUUGUCUGGAAUCUACUGUAACUGAAAUGUUAAAACCUCAAUUUAAUCUCAAGGGACAUUAUGUGCACGCCACUUAACUGAAGUGAUAGUCAGUCCGCUCACUUAAGUUGAAGUGAUAGUCAGUUUAUAUUACCGAACUACAUUUUUAUAACCUAUGUGGAUGUACCAGAUUGCCAAUACCCUUCAAUGUGCGAGUUUGGUAUACCGGAACGAGAAUUUGAAGUGUAAAUGUGUUUUUUUAGGGAAUAGAAAAGCAUAGUUGAUAUAUCCAUUUCCAAAAAUGUUACUGAUAUCUAAUGGGUCGUCCCUAUAUCAUAUGUGAAAUAUGGCAGAUACAAGCCAUCUAACUUGAAAUAUGUACAAUAGCAGAUGUACUGUACUCAACUUAAAAAUGAUUAUCUAAGGGAAUUUUAUAAAGCUAUUAAACUAUAUACUAAGAUACCCAAAAACAGUCACGUGACUUCACACCUCUUCCAAUUUGUACUGCUUACAUAUUCCGCAAAGUAAUGGAGGCCAUAACACAUACACAUUUGAACAUGAUGUAAUGAGACCUAAAAAUCGCUUGCGAUCAUGCAGCAUAAUUUGUUCCAGCAGCACCUAGUUACAGCGCAUAAAAGAACAUAAACUAAACUUUAAUUUAUCAAACAUAAAACUACGAAACUAUGUUAUUAAAUUAAUUGUUUAGUUAAGCAAUUAUUACUUCAACGUAAAGCUUCGCUUGACAAUCCGCUUACCUACUCUCGUGCAAUAUUGAUGACCAAUACGCACGUCUGAGUGAAAGCAUGCCGUAGGCGAUUAAUAAGUAUAUUUUUUUACUGAUUCUUCAAUAGACAACAUGUGUCAAGUAGUUUUCAUACCGUAAAAAAUAUGUCGCAUUUUUUUGAACAUAGUGUUCGUGUUCUUUCCUUGCUAAGCUUUCAGCCGUUAUACCAGGCACACCUUAUUACAACUUAUUUUGGAUGUUAAAAAGGAAUUUUCAAUAAUUGUUUGUAUCUAAAUACACUACGACUAUCGUUUUAUUAGGAUCUUGUUUGUUGUAAUUUGUAAAAUUCAAUUGUCAUAUUUACACAAACACUCAUUUAAGGGUCUCCGGCAAGCUCGGUUCUCCAUACAAACGUAGUUCCGCUCUCGUUUUAAAACGAGUAGCUAGAUUGCUGUAAAACUUUGCACUUACAAUAGGAUAAGGUAUAAUCUAUGUCUGUAAUUAGUUUAUGUAGCUUCAGAUACCAUAGUUAAAAAAAUACAGCGAACUUAAGUUUCUCAUACAAAACUUGUUUUUGCUCUAUUUCGUUUGUUUUAUAAACUGAACCUAUAUAAACUAAUUUCAGACCUAGAUAUACCUCAUGUCAUUGUAAGUGCAAAGUUUCAUUACAAUCCAACACGUAGUUUUAACAUGAGAGCGGGAACUACGUUUGUAUGAAAAGGUGCAAUUCGGCCGAGCUUGCCGGGGACUCUUAAGUUAAAAUGUAUUAAGCAAGGGCAUAAGCACUAUGGUAUUCCGAUUAGGAAAACGUAUUGGAAAUUUUCUUGGUUAAAAAAUUUCGAUAGAAACACAUCGAGUUUACGCUUUACUUAACAGACCUGCAAUAAUAGCGUGUCAAAAAAAACUUGUCAAUAACUUGUUUCUAAUCAGUGAACGAUAAUGAUUAUACCCUUACAGGAUUAUACCUACAUAUGAGAUGUUGGGAGACCUCUUGCGGCGAAAUGGAAAUACUAAUAAUAUUUAUGUUAACUAAUAAUAGAGUCGGACCGGGUUAUUCCCACCUUUUACCACUGGUAACUUCUGAGAAAAACAAUUCCCAGUAGUUACCACCAACUCGUUUGGUAGUAACUUCUGGGUUUUUUUUUCCAGUAGUUUCCAGUGGUAAAAGGUGUGAAAUAAAAUCCCAGUAGUUACCACUGGUAACGAUUUGGUAGUAACUAGUGGGAAUAACCCGUCGGAGCUAGCUGACUCUGCAUUGCAUUUGCAAUGUGAAAGUGUGGCAAUGUCAACAUGAUAAUGAAGCUAUGACGUUUGUUAUGAUAUGCCACUACCUCACUGUUGUAUUGAAGUCGGUGCAAAGUUAGCUUGGGCUGGCUAACUGCGUAAGAGUACCUACCUCUAUGUAUGUGAUUGACGGCGGUUUAUUCAUUUAAUAUGUGUGCCAUUUCUUAUAUUCUUAGGAGGGUGCUAAUUCGCGAUAUUGACGUAAUGUGUUUGGUUAAUCCAGGCACUUUAUGUAUUUGUCUUUUUAGCAGAUGUAGGAGAACUAUUUAUGAAACGAAGAGAAGGUUGAUUAUGAUUAGGAAUAAAAAAAAUAUAAACUUGAAAUCAAAUUUAUAAUUCAAUGUUUUCAUUAACCUUUUCUCCAUCUGACUAUCACAUUCAACUAUUAGAACAUCACUACAUUUUAUAAGAAUAAUCGAAAUGGAAAAAAUCCGUUAACUUUUUGUUAACCAGUAGUAAUCAGUUUAAGCUAACUUUUAAAUUUAAUUCAGUAAAAAACGCACUUAUUGUAUCGAAGUGAUUGUAUUUACGUUCCCGCACUGGACUAAAAGCACAACAACUUGCGCGAACAGCAAGCGCGAAGGUUUUAAAUGUUAUACAACAACUUGGCAUCUUUGCCCUUGAAAAAGUGAGUGCUAGAACACCUGAAGUGGUUAUGACUGUUAUGAGUUGUUAAAUAUUUACUUGAAACAACAAAUUAAUCAUUACCUAUUAACAAAUAUUGGUUAGACCACCCAGCCCAGACCAGACAAUUAAUUUGAAAGGCGACCAUUACUACAAAUUAGAUGACAUCAGCUGUUUCGUAGAGAAUCACCUGUUUUACUAGGCAAAGCUUGGCAUAAAGGGAUUUUUCAUUUGUGCUUUCGCCGGUCACUCUGGCAUCAUGAAGCUAUAAGGAGUAUAAGGGACCGGGGAAAACAACAUUAUACCUCUGUCCUUCACAGCGGAUAAUGCACUUAAAUAAAAGGAAGUCUGAACAUUCGAAAAUAAGUGUUUAAAAAUAACUUGUUUGAGAGAAAACUAAGGGGUAUCUUUGUACUCGGGGGUCGGUCGUUGUUGACCAAUCAGCAAUCAACAAAUAUAAAAUAAGAGUGUAGUUGAAAAACAUUGGACUGUUGAUUCAGGUGGACUAUUCGCUACUUUCUUCUCAUCUAUUGUCGCAUUUCCGAGCAGUUGCGUGAAAUAGUUUAUUUUAGUUUCGCUUCUUAGAGGAUAUAACGAAACGGAGUAACCAUUAACAGGCGUUCCCCUCUGUCGAAAAUAGUCGGCCAAUGGUCAUACACACACUGACGUUUAUGUGACAUGGCUAUUUUGACGUUCCCCUCCCCCGCAAAAAUUGGCAGACUUUUUUGUACAGCAAAUUACAGACAAGGCGUAUCCGUUGGUUAUAUCCUCCGAGGUUCGCUUACAUUGUAUCACAUUAUUUGCUAUUAACAUUUGUGCCUGCUGAAACUGGCACGAGCGCGUUAGUUACGCACAAAAUAUUCAUGACAAUUAUUGAGCAAGUGAAUUAGAAACAGGUAAGCAGUAGCGAUCUGAAAUGUAGGUGAUAUAUCCUGCAGAAGCGUUACUGCUCUUAGUCGUUACACAGAGUAUAUACUCAAUUUAACUUUACCGUUGAUGGUAUUUAAUACUGAGACUAUAUUUAACCUGCUCCUUAAUUAGCUACUUACAAAGAUCACAUAAAUCGAGCAUAUAUGUAUAAGUAAUUACAUGCUACAUAUUUCCAAUAAACGACGACCACUUGUGAAUGGGGUUGUUAUGUUAAUAGCAAAUAUCUGGGAGAUCGAGCUUUGCGCGGAAAACAUAUAUAAACUCAAAAUAUGCGUUUUCCCAGAGAUAAGACCUAGCUUGAUCUAUUUUUCGCCCCCGAAAACCAAAUUGCGCAUCAUUUAUUUUACAUAUUUUACAUUUACAGCCCACCACAAUACUUACAAUAAAUACAAAGUGGAAAAUGCUUAGGGAUAUUUCCAAAAUCAUUAAGGGUCUCCGGCAAGCUCGGUUCUCCAUACAAACGUAGUUCCGCUCCCAUUUUACAACGACUAGCUAAAUUGCUCUGACACUUUGUACUUACAAUAGGAUAAGGUAUAUAUAUCUAUGUCUGUAAUUAGUUUAUGUAGCUUCAGAUACCAUAGUUAAAAAAUACAGCGAAUUUAAGUUUUUCAUACAAAACUUGUUUUUAAAUUUCGUCUGUCUCUCAUUUCAGACUUUCAGACCUAGAUAUACCUCAUGUCAUUGUAUGUGCAAAGUUUCAUUACAAUCCAACACUUAGUUUUAAAAUGAGAGCGGAACUACGUUUGUAUGGGAAGGUGCAAUUCGGUCGAGCUUGCCGGGGACUUAAAGCCCGUGAAUAUUCUAUCCGCAGUGCGUUAUGACUAUGACACAGAAAUAAUGGUAAAAGUUAAUCCUUAGUUAAUAAUUAGUUUAAAUCUCAUACAAUAUAGGUAUAGGUACUAAGUAUUGUAAAUGACUAGUCGUACAGGAAAGUUUUGCCACUGUCAUUGUUCUGCUUUGUUAUACUUAUAAGGUUAAUAAUUAGUAAGUAAUUUAAUUUUUGUUUAACAAAUUUUCCUUUUAUCUUCUCACUUACCUAGUGAUAUAACUUUGACAUCAUCUUUGGCUAUCAGGGCAAAUGGUAGGUAGAUGAAUACAACUUUAAGUCACUAAGUCCACAGUCAGGUGACAGAACCACACACGUUUUAUCACUUAAUAGCCACGUCAACUUAAGCCGAAUGCGGGCAAUCAGGGGAAAUAAUUCGUGUAGUUUUGUACAUUGGUACAAUUAUACCUUGUGGUGUCCAGAUGAACAUACUAAAAGUCCUCGGUGGGUGUGCUGAGGGUGUAGAGGUGGUGGUGGUGGGGGGAGGGGGGUACGUUUUUCAGAUUUUGCUCAUAUCUCGAAUAUCUGUACGAAUAGCAUUAUUAUAUUACUUCGGCCAAAAGUUUACAUACAAUUUUCUACAACAGGUCAUAUUUAUUUUUCCUCUACGAUCAAUACUUUAGGAGCUACAGGGUGUUUUAGUUAAAAAAUAGACGACUUAAGAAAACGUCGUUUUUUCGUAGUAGUAGACUCCACAAGGUAUGUAUAACUGUACCAACUAACAAAACCACGAAUUAUUUCUCCUGAUGAUUUUAUUAAUUUUCUUGAACUAUGUUAAUAUUUUUUUUUAACACACUUGCUCAAAACGAUGUUUUUAUUCCACCGAUUUUUGGCUCAUAAUCCUAGAUAUUAAACACGCGUGCUCUUUCAGUGUAUUAUUCCACUCACGCUUAUUCAUUAUAUUAUCCGACUGAGUUAAGAAGGUAACUGAUUGCUAAUAAUAUGCAUGGAAAGGGAGCCUUCUUUAAUUGGUCGGACUGGCGGGCACCGGCGCGCCCGACCGCCUGCGCGGUGCGCGGCGAGCGAGGGGCGGCCAGCACGAGUAUGACAGAUGCAACACACAAUACUAACUGUUUUAACUAUUAAAAUUUGAUUAAUAUGAAAGUUUCUUUUUUUUCUCGCAAGUGUGUUGAAAAACGUCGUAUGAAACGCGUGUGCAUUGGUCAUUACACACAUCGGCUUUCUUAUUGCGCGCUCGCUUGCAGUUCGCGCGCACAAUAUCGCCUCGUGUGUUAUGACCAACUAAGCACACUUGUAUCAUAAUGUACUAUUGUAAUCAUUUUAUAAUAUGUAAUUAACAGUUGUAAGGUAAUUUUAGUCUUGUUGACUGUGUGCCUUAUUUAACAUUCAGUUGCUAAACUUUUCUCCACAAAGAAAAGGAUGCAUAGUUUUUUUUUCUUAUUUACUGACAAUUUGGUUUGACCAACUAUAUAUUUGUAGCCAUCACUUUUUUUGCUUUUACUACUCUGGCCAUGUUUUAUUGGUAUCCAAACGUGUUUGUUGAAAUAUCAAAUAGGUUGUAACGCUUCACGCUUCAGUAACGCUUUGUGUUUAUCUGUUUUGACAGCAAUAUGUAAUUAAUAUCUGAAAAAAGCUGUUCGUUUUAAACCAAAGAUCGAAAUAUAAUACACACUUAGAUUAAGGGUGGAUUCGGUGACCCUUUUUUAUAGUUAAAAAUUGAACUGUUUUGUAUUUUUUAUAGGAAGUGUGCGUUAACGAUGUUUUGUUGAAUGGAAUAAAAUGUGAUUGAUCUUAGGCUUAGAUAGGAGAUAUAGUACAUGUAUGUAGAAAUCAAUGCGAAGUCUAGCAUUUACAAUAAACAAGCGAUACCUAACUUUUGCGAGUUUCAACACUGUAAAUAAAAAAAAACAAUAGGUACAUUGUGUAAGUUUGAAUAAACGUAAACGAGUUUGUAACUCGUGAAUGGUCUCGCCUACGAGUAAUAGACAUUAAAACUAGUGACCAAGGGUCAACAGUUUGCUGAUAAAUGUUAUAGAAAUGCCAUGCUAGGAUUCUAUGAACAUUGAUCAAAAUCGCAGUGCUGAGGCAAACUUUACUUAGUAUAUUAUAUAAAUAUUUUAAUUUGCUUUAUUUUUAUAUGUACCUUAGGCCGCUAAGCUAGUGUCGUCUGAACAGUGUAAAAUGACUUAACUAAUAGACUUACUAUAAGAACAGUUGAGUUUUAUAUAACAUUUCUAUGACAAAUAUGUAACGAAUGACGAAGAAUGUUUAAGAACAGCAUUCUCAUAGAUAUUAUAAUAAUAAAAUCAAGAAUUAAAAUUAAUUAAAUUUUA